CACAGUCGUCUAAACCAGAACUUCCUCCAGUAGAAGAAGAAGCCCUCCUUUUCCAACAUGUCGGUGUUCGGGCCGGUGGUGAAAAUCCAUCCCGUCGUUCUCGCAUCUAUUUGCGACUCUUAUGAGCGACGAAAUGAGGGAGCGAGUCGCGUGAUUGGAACCUUGCUGGGCACGAUCGAUAAACACUCGAUCGAGGUGACCAACUGCUUCUCUGUUCCUCACAAUGAAUCAGAAGAUGAGGUCGCUGUGGACAUGGAGUUUGCCAAGAACAUGUACGAGCUCCACAAGAGGGUGUCGCCCACCGAGGUGAUCAUCGGCUGGUACGCCACUGGAUUUGACAUCACAGAACAUUCCGUUCUCAUCCACGAGUACUACAGCCGCGAGGCCACCAACCCCAUUCACCUCACCGUGGACACAGCCCUGCAGAGUGGCAAGAUGAACAUCCGCGCCUACGUCAGUGCACAGAUGGGUGUUCCAGGCAAGACAGUUGGAGUGAUGUUCACACCGCUCACUGUCAAGUAUGUCUACUACGAUACAGAGAGGAUAGGAGUGGAUCUUCUUCAGCGAACACGCCUGGCCCCGAGUCGCACCAAGGGCCUGACCUCUGACCUGUCUCAGGUGGCUGGCUCUGCAGCCCGGGUGCAGGACAUGAUGACCACGGUGCUCGCCUACAUCGAGGACGUGCUGUCUGGAAAGGUGCAAGCAGACAACAGCGUGGGUCGCUUCCUGAUGGACCUGGUCAACAAGGUGCCCACCAUCUCCGCAGAGGACUUCGAGAACAUGCUCAACUCCAACAUCAACGACCUGUUGAUGGUGACGUACCUGUCCAACCUCACGCAAGCACAGAUUGCGCUCAACGAGAAGCUGGUGCUGCUGUGAAGUUCCCCCAUCCAUAUUUAAUUUUGUAGUUUUCAGCUGACAUGAAUAAAGAGGGCAAACCGUU